AUGGUGUCUCCUUUUCUCACGCCCGGGCCGACUGCUGAGGCGGACUCCCUCGCCGUCCUCCAUCUCCGCCGCGAUCAUGCUAUCGCAACAGUCCUAAAGACUCACGACGACGAAGACCUUGGAUACGACGAAGGAAAGGUCACAACGACGAGUACGCUCAUUGGCAGCCCGUGGGGGUCCCAGAUCAUUGCGUCAAAGGUCGACACUGGCUCGCGAGGACGCAGAUCAAAGAAGAAGGCCAAAGACUCGAAUCCUCUGAAACGAAAAGCUGAGGACGCAGACAUAUCAGAGGCAACCAGUGAAGGCCAGUCUUCUCACAAGACAGCCAUUACCGCGUCAAGUGGCUUCAUCCAUCUUCUACGGCCUACACCGGAAUCGUGGACGAGCUCUCUACCCCAUCGGACACAGGUGGUGUACACUCCGGACAGCAGUUACAUUUUACAUCGGCUGCGUGUUCGGCCAGGAAGCACGAUUAUAGAAGCUGGUGCCGGCAGCGGUUCGUUCACCCAUGCAUCCGCAAGAGCAGUGUUCAACGGGUACCCCAACGGUACGAACGAUAGCCAACGAGGCAAGGUGUGCAGCUUCGAGUUCCACUCCCAGCGCGUGGAACAUGUCAAGAAAGAACUACAGGAACAUGGCUUAGACGGGAUCGUCAGGUUGAAUCAUCGAGAUGUCUGUGCGGAUGGCUUCUUAUUAGCAGACGGAUCAGUCGAGAAUGAGUCACCUAGAGCUAAUGCCAUCUUUCUUGAUCUUCCUGCUCCCUGGCUAGCAUUGAAGCAUCUGGUCCGAGAACCUGCCGAUAGAAAGGAGUCACCGCUGGAUCCUUCGUCACCCGUACAUAUAUGUACGUUUUCACCCUGUCUGGAACAGGCGCAGCAGACAAUCAACACCCUUAGGCAGUAUUCAUGGUUGUCAAUAUCCAUGGUUGAAGUAAUGCACAGGCAGAUUGAAGUCCGAAGAGAACGAUACGGAGUAGAGUCUGACGGCAAGAACGCUUCUGCGGCGGACCCAAAGAGUGUAGAGCAGGCGGUUAGCCGGCUCAGGACCCAUGAGAGUCGUGCAAAGGCAUUCCGUGAAAAGCAGGUUAGAAACGCAGAAGAGUACGCCAACAAAAAGGCAAUGGAACAGGCCGGAGGGAAUUUAGACACCGGAGAGACCAGGGAAAAAACGAAUGGCAUCGAGCCAGAGAAUAUUGAUACCGUCCCAGAGCCGGUCAAAGAGGAAACCCUAGCAGAACCAAUACUAGCAGAACCAAUACCCACCAGAACAGCAAAAGCCACACAACAAAAGCCCUCGCUUCCUCCAUAUAAACAAGGAAUGGUUAUUCACCGUUCCGAACCAGAGCUCAAGACCCACACAUCGUAUCUAGUAUUUGCGAUUCUCCCAGUGGCUUGGUCCGAAGAGGAUGAGAAACGGUGUCGGGAGAAGUGGCCCUCGAGAACUACUCAGACUGAGAGCAAUAGCCCUUCGCAGAGCAAACGGCAGCUAAAACGACAGGCCUUCGAGGAAAUGAAAUCCCGUGCAGCUGAUGCUGAAGCGAGAGAGUCACUGGAUAUGACUGACCCUCUACCCGUGUGA